AGUACAGGAAGCUGUGCACGUUUAAACACUACGUGUUUGAAUUAUUUAAAAAAUCAUGAGUGGAGUAACUUUUUAGAGUUCAGUUUUAAUAAUUUGAUAGUUUAGAUUACAUUUAUUCUUAAUAACAACAUCAAUGUCGCUCAUGCUCUUUGUUUCACUGAAUAAACGUCGUGACGCCAGGUUAUCAUUUGCAUUUUGAAAGUGUGGAGCGGAAAUGACUUGGACGCUGGUGCUGUAUCGCUUCCUGGUUGAUGUGGACAGAGGGGAGAGCUGCUGGGUGAGGUCUGCUGUUGUAGCUCAGUAAAUAAUGGAGAAACUCAGUAACUUUGAGUCAGAAAAGCAACGUGAUUCUUCGAGUUAGCGAGGCUUUGAAACUCUCUCGUGUCCCGGGCUAACAGCCGUUUAUCCCGGAGCACCUCUGAUGCCGCUUCCCGUUCAUACCGGUAGUGUUGCGGUGCAUCUCUGAUGUUAACGCUAGCUGCUAACCGAAGUCGCUAACGCUACAGUGCACCUGUCACCGGGUGCUUUGUCUCUCUCAUGUCAGUGGCUCAGUUUUCUAUUGUCUAUUACUUAAUAUAAACAUUAGCUACUUUUCCCGGUUACUUUCACCAGUGUGGAAGCCUUGACUUUGUCCGAAAACAAAGCUAGACAAAGAGGAUGAACUGACGACAACUCUCUGCGUCCAGAAAUGUAUGAUAUGAGUUGUGUAUGCGUCCCACUGGAUAUUUCUAAACCCAAACAGUAAGCUAGUCUCAAAAAUACAUAAUGGCGUCCUCCAAAGCAAAGGUCGGAGUCAACAAUGAGACCAACUCCCUGAAAGACACUAAAAGCAACGCCAGCAGUUCAGCUGGGGAAGCAUCACCAAAUAACCGGAUAUAUUGCCUUGAUGAGCUGGAGACCAUUGCUACAGUUGGCACGGGGACUUUUGGCCGAGUCUUCCUGGUCAAGGACAAGAAGACCAGAGCCUUCUACGCCCUGAAGCAGAUGAAGAUCCCCGACGUGAUCCGACUGAAGCAGGAGCAGCACGUCCACAACGAGAAGGAGGUGCUGACAGAAGUCAACCACCCCUUCCUCAUCCGACUGUUUUGGACCCACCACGACGAACGCUUCCUCUACAUGCUGAUGGACUACGUGCCGGGCGGCGAGCUCUUCAGCUACCUGCGCAGCCGAGGACGCUUCAGCAACACCACGGGCCUCUUCUAUACCUCCGAGAUCGUAUGUGCCAUCGAGUACCUCCACUCCAAAGAAAUCGUCUACCGCGACCUGAAGCCGGAGAACAUCCUGCUAGACAGCGAAGGACACAUCCGCCUGACCGACUUCGGCUUCGCUAAGAAGCUUUCUGACAGGACCUGGACUCUGUGCGGCACUCCCGAGUACCUGGCUCCAGAGGUCAUCCAAAGCAAAGGUCACGGCCGAGCAGUGGACUGGUGGGCUCUGGGCAUCCUCAUCUUUGAGAUGCUGGCCGGGUACCCUCCUUUCUUUGAUGACAAUCCAUUCGGAAUCUACCAGAAGAUCCUGGCUGGAAAACUGGAAUUCCCACGCCAUCUGGAUUUCAAUGUCAAAGACCUCAUCAAGAAAUUUCUGGUCAUUGACCGAGCCAGACGGCUAGGCAACAUGAAGAACGGAGCAGACGACGUGAAAAAGCAACGAUGGUUCAAGACAAUUGACUGGGAUGCAGUUCCUCUGAGGAAACUGAAGCCUCCUAUAGUUCCUAAAGUCUCUCAUGAGGGCGACACCUCCAACUUCGAUGUUUAUCCAGAGGACGACUGGAAGAAAGAUCCUCCUGUGCCUCAGAAGGACUUGGAGAUCUUCAAGAACUUCUGACCACUCAGCCUGGCUUAUUUAUUAAGAGAAUAUCCUGAAAUUGACAGAACCUAUUGUAAAGUGACACUACUGUUCCAGGUACCCAUCAUAGAGAAAAACACGUAUUUAUCAAAGCAGGGAUGUUUAGUUUAGUGCUAAGAACAGCCCCACCCCCCCUCCCCCCCU